GGCCUAACAAGCAACCAUACCAUCAAGCAACAGCUCAACAAACUGCCUACAGACACCACAUGGUGCGCACUUCCCCAGGAAGAACAAUCCCUGAAGCAAUCGAGCUACUCUAGCUACAAUGCAGUCAGCUACAGGGAAAUGGUCGUCUGGAACCUUCUCUGGUGAUGGCCUCGUCUCGGUUGCGUGCGCCAAAUUCCGGAGAGUUUGCCUUGUCCGGAGGUGGCAAAAGAUACCACAGCAGCAAAGAAGAGAUGAGCGAAAGAUCCAACUUCACGCACCUACGUCACAGCCAUCCAAAGCACGGAAGACAUGAAUGAAAGGAAAAUGCGUCCAAUCACAACCAAAGGAGUUCGCUUAUUCAGCUGACUCAUUACCUGAAAGGUUGUUUUUCGAGAGGCUUCUCAAAACUGCUGCCAGGUGAGUUGCAACCUCACCACCUUACCACACGACGAACGCCGAUCUUUGAACUUCUACCAUCGCAUACCGUACCAGCAGUUAGUUGCCAAGGAAUGGCAGCACCCGUGUAAAGGUGUGGAAACAUAAAAGACGACUCGACUCGGGGUAAUCCGAAACUUGCCCGUUCAUUCAUUCAUUACCGCGCAACGAAGUCGUUUAUUCCUGUUAAUACUGGCCAGCCAUGAUUCGGACUCUGCGAGCGACGGUACGAAAAGUGGUCCACCAUGGCCGUCCACCGAUCGGCGGGUUGAGGGUGACGCCCAAGCCUUCUCAUCUGAUGUCAUCAGCGACAUUUUCCACCAGGAUACAGCAUGCCGAUGAAAAAGUGGCCGAUGCAAGUACACGACAACAACAACAGCAACAAGAGCAACAACAAAUUGAACCUGCCUUGCUCAACAAGAUUAUCAAUUCAGCCCAUCAUAUACAUGAUAUACAAAAGGCAGACCGGCUAUUGGUAGUGGGUUCGGGUGUGGCAGGUUGCUCAGCAGCUCUAGUAGCCGCUGAGACGUAUCAGAUUCCGGUAACCCUGCUGUUUGCGGGAAAUGUACCUGAAGACUGCAACUCCUUUUGGGCCCAGGGAGGUAUUAUCUACCGAAAUUAUGAUCCUGUUUCCGGGGACAGUGCCAAACUAUUGGCACAGGAUAUUCAUCGAGCAGGAGCAGGGCUGUGCGAGGACGAUGCGGUGCAAAAGGUGUCGGAAGAAGGCCCUGAUCGAGUUAGACAACUUUUGCUAGAUGAGAGUCUCAAGAAAGUUUAUGCUCAAGUACCCUUUGACAAACGCGAUGAUGGAACCCUUUCCUUGUGUCUUGAGGCUUCCCACGCAGCGCCCAGAAUUUUGCACCGUGCCGAUCACACUGGACGAACCAUUACGCAACACAUCACCCAAGCCGCGGCUAGACACCCUCUCAUUAGCAUGCAACCUCAUACAAUAGUUACAGACCUGGUAGUGAAAGAUGACGUGUGUUUGGGAGUGGCCACUCUGAACCGAUUCUCGGGAGAACAAACUCUGGAAUACGCCUGCCGGGGAACCGUCCUGGCCAGUGGCGGAUUGGGGGGUAUCUAUGAACAUUCCACCAAUCCGGCCGGUUUCAAUGCAUUGGGAUCCAGCGUCGCAUUGGCGUACAGAGCCGGUGCCAAGUUGAAAGAUUUGGAAUAUGUUCAAUUCCAUCCUACAUCCUUGUACAUUCCCAACGAAGCACGCUUCCUACUCACAGAAGCGCUGCGCGGAGAAGGAGCAAUCUUGCGUGAUGCUUCUGGAAGAGCCUUUGCAAAAGAUUUUCAUGCCGAUGGCGAACUGGCACCUCGUGAUAUUGUGGCAAGAGGAGUCUUUGAAGAAGGCCAAAAAGGUGACGGAUCACAACACAACGUCUAUCUCGACAUUACACACCGUGACGGUGACUGGUUGCACGGACGCUUCCCGUCGAUUCAGGAACACCUUAGUCGGAAAAAAUUGGAUCUGGCCAAAGAUUUGUUGCCUGUCACCCCCGCGGCCCAUUACACCUGCGGUGGAAUCGCAACGGAUAUGCAAGGAAGAACGUCAUUGCCAGGAUUGUAUGCAGCCGGUGAGGCGGCUAGGACUGGACUUCAUGGAGGAAACCGCUUGGCUUCGACUUCGCUUUUGGAAGGACUGGUGUUUGGUGCGUCAGUCGCCGACUACAUUGGAAGCAGCGAAGGAAAGAGUCUACGUGGGGAAGCCGGAGAAAAGUUAGAAGCAUUUGUGCAAAACAAUCCUCGAUUCAGGUCAGUGUCACUUGAGCCAGCUCACAUUGAAACCGCUGCACAUAGAGCAAUGCAGCAGCUCCGACGUUUGAGACGUACCAUGUGGGAUCACGUGGGAGUUGUUCGCAAUGCAAGGGGGCUUGAGACCGCCAUUGAAGACUUGAACGAGAUUCGAGCCGAAGCAACGAAGUUGCAUCGAAUGAGCCCAACUUUGGAGACAUCAGGCCUCAGAGAUGCCGCUUACGCUGGUUUGGCAGUCGCCGAAGCAGCCCUUUCAAACAAGGUUUCAGCAGGGGCCCACUGUAUAGUUCCUGAUUCUGCUGCUGAAGACAGCGACGAAGAAGAGCAAGUUGCUGCCGCCCGCUAAGUCACUCAUCUGUUUAUGAUUACCACUCUCAGAAGCGCGCCACCCACUUUGAAAGCAAUUUUUUGGCAUUGUAAGAAAUAGACAAUUGCAGCUUCAUAUUAUAUUGGCAUAUGAAGUAGAUGUCCGAACUUUAGCUUGGCA